AUGGCGACUAACAGACAUGGGAACCUUUCUGUGGUGCUCUGGCAGGAGUUUGUGCUGGUGGGAUUCAGGGGAGGUAUGGAGACACAGGCCCUGCUCUUUGCUGUGUUCUUGGUCCUGUACAUUGUGACUGUCCUGGGCAACCUCACCAUGAUUAUAGUCAUCACCCUGGAUGCCCGCCUGCACUCCCCCAUGUACUUCUUCCUCAAGAACCUGUCCUUCCUGGACCUCUGUUAUUCAUCUGUCAUUGCCCCCAAUGUGCUGGCCAACUUCUUCUCCUCCACCAAAGUCAUCAGUUUUGGAGGCUGUGCAACCCAGUUCUUCUUCUUCUCUUUACUGGUUACCACUGAGGGCUUCCUACUGGCUGUGAUGGCCUAUGACCGUUUCGUGGCCAUUUGCAGCCCCCUACAGUACCCUGUGACCAUGUGCCCUGGCAAAUGUAUCUGCCUAGUGCUUGGAACCUACUGCGGAGGCUGCCUCAACUCCAUCGUGCAGACCAGCCUCACGUUCCAGCUCCCCUUCUGCAGCUCCAACCGCAUCAACCACUUCUUCUGUGAUGUGCCGCCCCUGCUGCAGCUAGCCUGUGCCGAUACAGCCCUCAAUGAGCUGGUCAUGUUCGGCAUCUGUGGGCUUAUUAUCGUGGGCACCACUCUUGUGGUCCUUAUUUCCUACAGCUACAUCACAGUGACCAUCCUCAGGAUGCGCUCGGGGUCAGGGAGGCAAAAGAUCUUCUCCACCUGUGGCUCUCACAUGACAGCCGUGUCCCUGUUUUAUGGGACGGUGUUUGUCAUGUAUGCACAACCAGGAGCUGUGGAGUCCAUGGAGCAGGGCAAGGUGGUCUCCAUCUUCUACACCCAGGUUAUCCCGAUGCUCAACCCCCUCAUCUACAGUCUGCGGAACAAGGACGUGAAGGACGCCCUGCAGAGGCUGGGGCAGAGACAGGCAGCUCUAUGGAGGUGUGGUGAGUGA